AUGAAAAUGUACGUGGACAUUUUUAGCUUUUUGGUUUUAUACGGAACUAUUUCCACAGCUCCAACUGAGGAUAAAUGUGAGCAAGAACUCACUUAUAUUCGGGAAUGUAAAAGUAAUUCAUAUUAUACAAUUAAAGGCUAGGAAAAUGGAAAUUUUGUUGAAGAGCAAGCAGCGAACUUUGCACAAUUAAAAGAAUGCAUCGGAAAAGUAAAUUGCCCAAUAAGCGUCAACAUCAUGAGAGCUGCUGAUAUGGAAUUUAGCAUUUUAGCAGUGUUUUCUGACGAACUUGUACCGUGUCUUGGGAAUGGUGUACACAGACAAAUAAAAAGGGAAUGUUUUGCGUUAUCCCAGGGAGAAUGCCAGGGCUUGGAACAUUUCAUAUGUGCUGCAAAGUAUCUUCUCAAUCAAGAAGCCUGUUCCGUUGAACAUGUUAAACAAUUUUUGAAUACGGCGUCUGAGCAAACUGAGCUGUGCAAACUUAAAAAAGAACGUCAGGCGUUUUUUGCCAAAAAGCCAUUGGAAUAGAA